GGCCGGUUCCCCGCGGCCACCGGCCCCAUAUAACGCCGGUGACACCAGGCCGGCAGGGGACGGACGCCAUGGAGGGGGCCGGGGGGCCGCGGCUGGCGGAGGCCGAGCGGGAGAGUCUGCUGGGCUCCGUCCACGGCGUCUCGGGGCCCGUGGUGACGGCCACCCGCAUGGCGGGGGCGGCCAUGUACGAGCUGGUGCGCGUGGGGCACGCGGAGCUGGUGGGGGAGAUCAUCCGGCUGGACGGGGACAUGGCCACCCUCCAGGUCUACGAGGAGACCUCGGGGGUGCGGGUGGGGGACCCGGUGCUGCGCACGGGGAAGCCGCUCUCGGUGGAGCUGGGCCCCGGCAUCCUGGGCUCCAUCUUCGACGGGAUCCAGCGCCCACUGCGGGACAUCGCCCAGGCCACCCGCAGCAUCUACAUCCCGCGGGGCACCAACGUCCCCGCGCUGCCCCGCCACCUCACCUGGGACUUCGUCCCCAGCAAGGACCUCCGGGUCGGGAGCCACGUCACCGGGGGUGACAUCUACGGGACGGUGAUGGAGAACUCGCUCAUCCAGCACAAGAUCAUGGUGCCACCCCGCAGCCGGGGCACCGUCACCUACAUCGCACCCCCCGGGCACUACAGCGUGUCGGACGUGGUGCUGGAGCUGGACUUCCAGGGCAGCGUGGAGAAGCUGCCCAUGCUGCAGGUCUGGCCCGUCAGACAGACCCGGCCCGUGGCCGAGAAGCUGCCGGCGAAUCACCCCCUGCUGACGGGCCAGCGGGUGCUGGACGCCCUCUUCCCGUGCGUGCAGGGGGGCACCACGGCCAUCCCGGGCGCCUUCGGCUGCGGCAAAACCGUCAUCUCCCAGUCCCUCUCCAAGUACUCCAACAGCGACGUCAUCGUCUACGUGGGCUGCGGCGAGCGGGGCAACGAGAUGUCCGAGGUCCUGCGGGACUUCCCUGAGCUCACCAUGGAGGUGGACGGGAGGACGGAGACCAUCAUGAAGCGCACGACGCUGGUGGCCAACACCUCCAACAUGCCGGUGGCCGCCCGCGAAGCCUCCAUCUACACCGGCAUCACGCUCUCCGAGUACUUCCGCGACAUGGGCUACCACGUCAGCAUGAUGGCCGACUCCACCUCCCGCUGGGCCGAGGCGCUGCGCGAGAUCUCGGGGCGCCUGGCCGAGAUGCCGGCGGACAGCGGUUACCCGGCAUACCUGGGCGCUCGCUUGGCCUCCUUCUACGAGCGCGCGGGGCGAGCGCGCUGCCUGGGGUCCCCCGCUCGCGAGGGCAGCGUCAGCAUCGUGGGCGCCGUGUCCCCGCCGGGAGGUGACUUCUCGGACCCCGUCACCUCGGCCACGCUGGGCAUCGUGCAGGUGUUUUGGGGUCUGGACAAGAAGCUGGCGCAGCGCAAGCACUUCCCCUCGGUGAACUGGCUGAUCAGCUACAGCCGGUACCUGCGGGCGCUGGAGCCCCACUACGAGGGGCUGCACCCCGAGUUCCCCGCCCUGCGGCGCCGCGCCAGGGAGAUCCUGCAGGAGGAGGAGGAGCUGGCGGAGAUCGUCCAGCUGGUCGGCAAGGCGUCCCUCGCCGAGGCCGACAAGGUGACGCUGGAGGUGGCCAAGCUCCUCAAGGACGACUUCCUCCAGCAGAACGGCUACUCCUCCUACGACAGGUUCUGCCCCUUCUACAAGACGGUGGGGAUGCUGCAGAACAUGGUCACCUUCUACGAGCUGGCGCGUCACGCCGUGGAGGCCACCGGGCCGGGCGAGCGCCGCGUCACCUGGGCCACCAUCCGCGAGAACCUGGGGGACAUCCUCUACAAGCUGAGCGCCAUGAAGUUCAAGGACCCGGUGAAGGACGGCGAAGCCAACAUCACGGCGGCCUUCGCCCAGCUCAACGAGGAGAUGCAGGCGGCUUUCCGCAACCUGGAGGACUGAGGGGGGGGCAGGAAAAGGCCCGGGGGGGGCGGGGGGGGGGGGGGCAA